UGCGCUCAUGAGAAACAACUUGACUGGCUCGAUACCCGCAACAGUUGGCAACCUUCGAAAUCUGGGGCUCUUAGCACUCAGCACAAACAUAAUGAACGGCUCGAUACCAACUACAUUAAGAAAUCUUCAAAAGCUGACUAUAUUGUCGCUCUCAAGAAACUUUCCAACCUUUUUCAGCGAGUUGCAGCGCCUGAUAUUGCUGAGCAUUGGAACCACCAAUCUAACAGGCUCACUGCCAACAUCCGUUGUCAACCUCCUCAAUAUGCAGUACAUGGAUCUCAGUGGAAACACGGUCACAGGCUCCAUUCCAUCUUCCAUUGGCAGCCUGGCCUCUUUGAAAAUGCUAACUCUGCAGCAAAGCAAGCUGUCAGGAGAGCUUCCUCCCACCAUGGGCAAUCUCUCCAAGCUUUAUCAGUUCGACAUGACAGGCACAGAAAUCACGUGUCCGAAGGACUACAGCCGCUGCGUGGUCAAGCAAGCACCUUCAAGCAUGUUCUGCAAGCAGUGCCCCUUCUGCUCCACAUGCGGCAAGCCGGCACCACCACCAGCUGCACUGCCACCACCGCCACCUGCAGCACCCCCAUCGCCUGCUCCAUCCCUACAGCCAGCAGCAG